AUGGCGGAGUGGCUGGAAAAGAACGUCCGCGAGGAGGAGUACGUGGUGAUGAAGGCGGAGGCGGGGGUGGUGGAGGAGGUGGUGAAUGGGCGGGCAAUCGGGCUGGUCGACGAGCUCUUCCUCGAGUGCGACCACCAGUGGGAGAAGAAGAAGAAGAAGAAGAAGGGAAGCAAAGAGACGAGAAGCCGGAGGGCCUACUGGGAGUGCCUCGCCCUCUAUGGCAAGCUUCGGACGAAGGGGUGGCCGUCCACCAGUGGUUUGACUGAUUGGUGUUUUCGGAUGGGAACGGAUGCUGAGGUGCCUUAUAGGAUGGCUGUACACCCGGGGGAGACGGGAUUCUUUGCUCAUUUCCAAAGGGUUGCAGUUGUUUCUUCCUUCAGAUGGACUGUGUUUGAAUGGGAUUUUCCAGAGAGAAAGGAAUCCCAUAAAUUGGCUCUUAAGUCCUCUGAAAAGAAAUUGUCACAGCUGGUGGAGGAUGGGCUGCAGUUAGCGGUAGCCUUUAAUGCAAGAAGGUUCAAUGCUUCGACUGGUGGUAGAGGUGUCCCCACCUGCCGACUAGCUGUUUAUGAUUUAAGGCAGUUCAAUGUCCUCAUGACCUUGGGAUACCGCAUGCUGGUGAAGGAAGGAUUUGCAUUUCAGUCUCGAUGGAAAGUUUCUGUAUCAUUAGGCAAUAGUGGCCCUUGCAGGGUUUGGGAUCUGAUAUCAUCAACAGCUGUAGCGCAUCUGCCAAGGGAAGAUGGUGAGGUUUUUGGCUUCUGCAGGUUUUCUCAAAGCACUGAUAAUAGUCAGAUACUAUUGAUUACUGCAAUGCAUGGUGACCAAGGAAAGAUAGUGUCUUGGAAUACUCUUUCAUGGAAGAGACUUGGGUCAAAGAAGGUAGUCCGUGACCCAAUUUCUGCAUUUCAUGUAGCAACUGAUGGUAAACUUUUUGCAAUUGGGACAGUAGAAGGAAACAUCAUGAUCCUAAACUCAGAUAUGCAGGUUCAGACUAUAGUUAAAAAAGCACACCUUGGCAUUGUUACUGCAUUAACAUUCUCCCAAGAUUCAAGGGCCUUGAUGUCUGCUUCCUUUGAUUCAAGCGCACGAGUGACACUUAUAGAAAGUAGAAAGAGUAGUGGGUUGAGCAUGUUGCUCGUUGUCCUGGUUAUUAUACUGGCAAUUCUGGUAUAUUUCAUGAAGUUGAAGGGGGUCCUUUGAAUUAUUGUGCCAUAUGGAAAGGGAGAAUUUGAAUUCGAAUUAUUCCUGGAGUAGGAGUGAGCUGGAAAGAUCAGCUCCUGUACCAGCAAAGCAGAUAACUCAAUAUGAUGGUGGAUAGUUUUGUCUAAGCGUACACACACACACACACACACACACACACACACACACACAGAGAUAGAAGGAUUUUGGGUGUAUAUGUACACAUCCUUUUAUUUCGUCAAUUUAUGAGUGUUUCUUGUGUUUUUGUCGUUCUUUUUGCGAUGACACUUUUUACCUGUUCUAUACCAUCAGAAAUUCUUAUUUUGAGACUAAAGUAGAUAUUCUCAAUAUUCAUACUUAAUAUGUACUGAGCAAGAGAUUAUAAAGAGCUGCUAUAUUACACUGCAAUGCGAGAUUUUGUAAAAGAUGGCAUCUUCUUUUGUUA